AUGACCUGCCGCUGCGCGCUGCUCGCCUGGGCCCUCUCCGCCGUCCUCAGCCUCGGAGCGGCUCAAGAAGCCUCGGUAAGCUGCAUCCCCAUCGUGCCCCGCAGAGAGUGGAAGGCCCUGGCGUCCGAGCGCAACCAGCGCUAAGAUGGGCCCGUGCGCUACGCGGUGGUGUCGCACGCAGCGGGCAGCGCCUGGGACACCCCAGCCUCUUGCCUGAAGCAGGUCCAGAACGUGCAGCACUACCACGUGCGGACGCUGGGCUGGUGCGGCGUGGGCUACGAAUUGGGUGCCCCUGCCCCGCGCCAUCAGGGCAGCCCAGAGUCUGCUGCCUUGCGGCGUGGCUCAGGGAUUCUUGACUCCUAGCUACGAGGUCAAAGGACACCGGGAUGUGUAGCAGACGCUUUCUCCAGGCUACCAGCUCUACGAAAUCAUCCAGCAAUGGUCACACUACCACCGCGUGUAAGGCCCUGUCCGUCUUCUCACACACACCCCCACCCCAUCAGAAACCCCACUGCCUCCCCCUCCCCCAAUA